AUGAACCAAUCAUCUACACCUACUCGCCUCUCACCCUCGUCGCAUAGCAGCUGUUGUUGCGGUCGAGACGAUUGUCAUGCUCGUACAAGGUGGCAACAUGACAUGCAUGAAUUGAAAAAUGAUGCACGUAGAUUUGCUGAUAUUGCGCAAGAGCUUCUCAAAGAAAAUCAGCGUCUUGAUCAACAAUUAUCUGAAAAAACCAAACAAUUACAACAGGUUGAAGCUCGCUUUGAACGUGUCUACGCCAAGUACAAGAAUUUGAAGCAUGAGUUGAAAGCCAAAUCAGUCCAAGUCAGGGAUAUGCAGCUCUUUGUGCAAGACACCAUAUGCGAGGCUCGUACUCGAGAGGCGAUAUUGCGUGGAAAGCUCAAAGCCGCUGAAGGCAAACUAAUAGUUGCUGAACACAAGUUGAAGGCUGCAGAGAGGACCAUCGCUGAAGACAAGCAAACCAAUGAAAAUCAGGGUGCACCAUUCUUCAUGGAUUCGAAGCCGAUCGGGUUAUCAUCCCACACAAACCUACCUCAACCAACACAACCGCAGCCUUCUUCCACCGUAAUACAACAACAACCAUCGUCGUCCAAAAUCACAUCCUUGGGACCUGCACUUGCCGCUGGAUCAUCUAACAAUGACAACAAGGAUCAUGCAACAAAACCCACCAUGACAACGUGGCAACAUCACCAACCACCCAAUCACUCGAAAACGAAUGAUGGUUACCAUUCCGCACCAUCUUCAAGGCCAAUGAUGAAGCGCAGUAAAAUGUUCGUUUUCAAAAACAUUCAACCUGUCAAUGUAUGGACCGCAAAAGUGACCACUGCAUUACAGAGAUUGAAAGCGACGGAUCUGCAUUCAAUGAAGAAACGAGGGAAUCGACCCUAUGACAAGGCGGAAACGAGUGAAACAAGCAACUCGUUGAUUCGAAGCAUUCUUUUCGAUAUUGAGCGGCUCCACACCACUGAACACCCUCAUAUUUUGGAUAUAUGCAAAGCACUGCUUCAAGAAAUUGGCGAGCUGCGUACAAGGUUAAAUGAUUGCUUCUAG